CUGACGUCAAAACUGAUGAAGACUUUAUGGUCCAACCAGACAUCUUUCUCUAAAAUGAGAUACAAACUUCCUGAAUAUGAAUCAGAAGAUGAUAGGUCUAAUGCAGAAGAAAAAAGAAUACACUUCAUCAAAUGGGAUUCUGAAUGUUACGGUCUUAUAUUUUUUGCCUUGUUGCAAACAAAAUGCUGGGAUGGAGCACUUCAGCUCUUGGAAAAUGGAUAUAUUGGUAUUCAUCAUAUCCUUGUCGGAUGUGUCAUAUUAAAAGACGAAUUCAACAAUGGGAAAACAGAGAAACUCUUGAAGGAAAAACUGAAGCGUUUAGAAAAAGCAUUAACUGAUAAAGCAAUCAGCAUUACGAGCUACAUCUAUGAGGCUGAUAAGCAAAACAGAAAAGAAAAUAAGGAACAUGAAGUUGGUUUCAAGUGUGGAAAACUACCAUGUGGUUUCAAGUGUGGAAAACUACGAUGUACGGACAAGAAUGAAGAAAAAAUGUUGAAUCAUGCUGAAAGGCUACUUUUGAAUCAUGGAUAUUUAAGGGAUGCUAUUAAUACCGAAAACAAUUCUUACCUUGAAAGUGAUACAGUGAGGAAGAUCCUUAGGAAAACAUUUUAUGGUACAGAAGAGGUACAUCAGCAGACGACUUUAUGCAUUAUAGUACUAGCGGCAGUCCACAUGAUUGCGUUGCCUCUUUUAAUGAUUAACAUGGAGGCACGACCGUUACGCUGGUUUUACAAGAAGUAUGAGUUGCAUUACAUGAAAGUAUAUAUACAUAUGCUUGGAUUCUUAACUCUCCUUAUUGCAUACGGAAACAUGUUGCUAUUUGACUACAGAGUUGAUGGUAUCACCUACACUGACUAUUUCAUCAUGUUGUGGAUGGCAAGCUUUUUUGUGGAUGAAACCAAUCAGAUCAUUGUUGCUGUUAUCAGAGGUAAAUGGAAAAGCUAUUCUAUUGAUUGGUGGAACCUUUUAGAUUGGUUAAUGAUUACACUAUUUACGACAGGGAUGCUACUGAAAACCGGCGAAGGAUCCGGUUUUCAGAUUACGUCAAAAUUGUUUUUAGUUGUAACAUUUACAGCCCUAUGCACACGACUACUACAUUUGACCUGUAUGACAGAGUUUCUAGGACGAAAGUUAGUCAUCAAUCGGAAAAUGAUAAAAGAUACUUCUGCCUUCAUGAUAAUUAUUACAAUUAUUAUGUUGUGGUACAGCGUUUCAUUUUAUGCACUUUUAUAUCCGAACUCCGAGUUCAGCUGGAAACAAAUGGAAAAAAUUCUCAGAAAUGGUUAUUGGAUGUUAUUUGGAGACCUGAAUAUUGAUGCGACUGACCUGGAAUGUACAAACAAUAAAACACUUUACGAAAGGGGUGUUAUACAACGUUGUCCUUCAGACCUUGGUGUAUACGUUACACCUUACUUAAAGGCGUUCUAUGGGCUGCUAGCAGUGGUAUUACUGCUAAAUUUACUUAUAGCUAUGUACAGUGACACAUAUACAAAAGUACAACAAAAUGCGAAUUUAAGCUGGCUACAGAUGCAAAUUGAUUUAUUUGAGGAAUAUAGAAUUAAAACAGUUUUUCCAAUACAUCUUCAGUUACUUGCAUUACCGGGAUCGAUUCUAGCAAUUCUGUGGUUUUGCUAUUCAUAUCUGCGUAACAAAUAUAUAGAGAAGACACGAGAGCCUUCAAUGCCUAACGAACAUGACAAUAAGAAACCAUUUAUUAACGACCACCCAGUGUUUGUAAGAGUGUUUCUCUAUGAUACCAAUUAUGAUAUCAAGCCAAAAACGACAUACGAUGCAGAAAUGACAGGGAUAUAUAGAGCAUGUGAAGACGAAGGAAAAAUAGACCUCUCCGAUAGCGACGCAAUAACGACAUUGAACCGACUGAGAAUGAUAGAAGAUUCCUUACAAGACAUGAGAGAAAAAGAGGACAGACGAAAUCAAGAGUUGAUGAAAAGAGACAAAAAGAUCGAACAAUUGUUGACAAAAAUAGCAAAAGAGUUGCAGGUAGACGAAAAAGCAGAACAAAUCUUAAAGACAAAGGAAAUUCCUGAAGAAGCAAAUCAAAAAACUGAAUUCUGAUUUGUUGUAGUCCGAUGAUGAAAAUAUGAAAAAUGAAGAAAUUGGUUUGAUACAAAUUUGAACAAGAACGCAUCUCUGUUUUAUAAUAUCACUUUGCAAAUGCAAAACAGAUGUGACGAAAGCACAUCGGAAAUUGAUGAUCGAAAUCAUAUUCAGAGACAAUUGCCUUUUGAUACUGUUUUAGUGUAACUUAUAUUUUUAUUCUAUAUAUUCAAGAGAGAUAUUUUAAUAUAUUUUUAUAUUUACUCCUUUAUAAACAAUUGCUAUGACUAACUGAACAUGUACUUGUUUGAUGAAUAUCUA